AGUGGGGGCGUCGGUAUCGCUACCAACGCGGUCUCGCCCACCCCCGCCCCGCCGAGUGGAGCUCCCGCCAUCUUGCCCCGCCCCCCCACAGCCCAGUCACCUUUUCCCUUUCUACACUCUCUGUCCCCCACUCCGUCCCUUUUCAAUCGUGUCCCAGGCCUCAGCAGCAGAAACCGCGCCAUCUCUACCCCUACAUUCUCCACGCGGGACGCGCAGCCGUGCCUACAAGUGUCCUUAAAGCAGAGAUGAAUAAUACUGCAGCUAGCCCAAUGUCUGCUGCCACUUCAGGUAGUGCAAGAAGUACAGGAAAGGCUAUAAGCUUUGCAGCAGAAUUGCAGAGUAUGAUGUUUUCUUUAGGUGAUGCUAGGAGGCCUCUUUAUGAAACAGCAGUUUUGGUAGAAGAUGUGGUGCACACUCAGUUAAUUAAUCUGUUACAGCAAGCUGCUGAAGUUUCUCAGCUGCGGGGAGCAAGAGUAAUCUCUCCUGAAGAUCUUCUGUUUUUGAUGCGCAAAGAUAAGAAAAAGCUUAGAAGACUACUAAAAUAUAUGUUUAUUCGAGACUACAAAUCAAAGAUCGUCAAAGGCAUAGAUGAAGAUGAUCUUCUAGAAGAUAAACUAGGUGGCAACAGUAACACAAACAAAAGACAAAAAAUUGCUCAGGACUUUCUCAACUCUAUUGACCAGACAGGAGAACUUCUGGCAAUGUUUGAAGAUGAUGAAAUUGAUGAAGUUAAACAAGAAAGAAUGGAGAGGGCAGAAAGACAGACACGAAGUAUGGAUUCAGCUCAAUACGCAGAGUUUUGUGAAAGUCGACAAUUAAGCUUCUCCAAAAAAGCUUCCAAAUUUCGAGACUGGUUGGACUGCAGCAGCAUGGAGAUAAAACCCAAUGUUGUCGCUAUGGAAAUUUUAGCUUAUUUAGCAUAUGAAACAGUGGCACAGUUAGUGGAUCUGGCUCUUCUUGUGAGACAGGACAUGAUAACCAAAGCAGGGGACCCCUUCAGUCAUGCCAUUUCUGCAACUUUCAUUCAGUAUCACAACUCUGUUGAGGGGUCUUGCAUGAAGUCCUGCCCCGACUCUCCUGAGAACACGCCACCUCCUACACCAACAGCUCCAUCAUCUGGAUCCCAGCACUCAGGGAGAACCACAUCAGGAUCCCUAGGGAGUGGGAGUGCUACACAGGACUCUACUAAAACCAAGCAGAGGAAGAGAAAAAAGAGCACUGCGGCCUGUGGUGUUGAGGCUCACAGCGAUGCCAUCCAGCCCUGCCACAUCAGAGAGGCCGUUCGACGCUAUGGCCACAAGAUUGGCCCCCUUUCCCCAUUCACAAGUGCCUACCGCAGAAAUGGGAUGGCUUUUCUAGCCUGUUGAUGUGACUGUGCCUGCGACGACUGGAAAGGCAACGUUAUACUGAGGUGAUCUCUUGAAAAAAUAAAAGUUUACGUUCUCCAUGUCCUAGGGAGUGGAAUGGCUUAUUGUGACUCUCAACUGGCUGGCUCCUGCUCUUUUCCAGCCCCCUCAACACUUAGUCUCGUUUACUAGAUGGACCAUUUAGCUAAUAAAUGGCAGGAUGUUUGGGAUAGCAUGUAGGUGGACAAGAAUGUAGAUCACACGAUUUUGAAAUUUUGAUUUGGCAUGGAUUUGCUACCCUCAACACACGUAUCCUAAAAGCAAUGUCUCCCCACCCCACUGUGUUUGGUCAGUGUUUAUUUGAUACCAUUAUAAUCCAGGUUUGAGACAAAAGAGACAAAAUUAAAAGGACAGUUGAUCUUCUCCUCCACUGUCCUACCAGCUUUACUUUCCAACACUUGUUGACUGCAUCUGCAUGUAUUUUACAGAUGCCUGUUUGUUUUAUAGCUAAUCAAAGAUCUAAUUGACCUGCUGAACUGCCUUUUUCCCUCUCUUCUUCCCUCAUGUACUAUAUCUGAAUAUGGGUCAUUUCCAUGCCUUCUUCCCAUCUUCCUGCCAUCAGCCAUGUGUUUCUCCUCAUACAGAACUUUUUCCUACAUUUCCCUCCUUUCCCCUGGUCCACUUGCCAGGGCCACCAUCCUAUCCAUUCCCUGUCCUAUCAGAAGCAGUAGAAAGGAGCAGAAAAGCUUGCUUCCUCUCUUCAGCACCCCCACCCAGUUGGAGACUGGGCAGCCGCAUUGCUUGCUGGAGCAGCUGCGCUACCCUCUGGCAUCUGUGUUUUCUGUGGUAAAUGAGGAACUGUAACUCCUGGGAACAAACCAAAAUAUGGCAGAUGAAGUUGUACAGUUCCUGAUUAAACAUGAAUUGUAAAGAAGGAAGUUAUUUCUUUAAAUUCUGUGGGAAUUUUGUGUAAUUUAACUUUUAUCAUGGUUUCACACAAACCAAAACAGUCUUUUAUAAAGAAUUAAUAAAAACAGAAAUGAGAA